CUGUCGUGUAGCUUCUGAGAAUGUUCCUUACGGCAAUUAAAAUUAAUGGAAAUAAUAAAUGCUCAAUCGUCGUCAAAAUUCAACCCCUCACCCCUCCACUACGCAUAUCUCAGGCGGCUACACGCGUCUUCUCUCUCUCUCUUCUUGUCCAUCUCUCCUGUUGUCUUUCAAAAUUACAAACCUUAGCUGCUAUACGACAAAUCCUAAUCGAGCACCCUUCACUUCUUCAGUUCUUGGUGAUGAAUUUAUAGUGUUUCUGCCUGGGUUGCUUUUUCCCCUUUGUUUUGGAGGGGGAGGGGUAUUCAAGUUUGUUCCUUUUGCUGUAUAGUUUGUGAAUAUUGAAUCUAGGGUUUGUUUGAUCAUCUGGGUAGCAAUCAGGUGGUGAAUUUAGGAUUCGGAAUGGCUGCAUUGUUGUAAAGUUGUGAAAUUUUCUUAGGGUUUGAAAGUUCUGCAUUGAUUUGAAGAGCUUUUGACUUUCUUGGAAUUUUUCAAAUUAAGAGCAAAAUGUCGUCGGCCGGUAUUGCUGCUCUUACACCGGCUCAUAGUGAGCCCAUGUUUUCGCAAUCGUGUCUGUCAUCAAAUGAGUCGAUUAUGAUAUUUCUCUCUGUUUCUGGAUCAACUACUCCCAUGAGUGUUUUGGAAUCUGACUCUGUUGAGUCAGUUAAGUUUAGGAUCCAAACCUAUAAAGGGUUUGUUGCUAAGAAGCAGAAGUUAGUUUGUGGAGGUAGGGAACUGGCUAGGAGCGAUUCCAUACUCCGGGAAUAUGGGGUAACAGAUGGAAAUGUUUUACAUUUGGUUCUUAGGCUUUCUGACCUUCAGGAGAUCAAUGUUCGAACUACUUGUGGGAAAGAAUUUACUUUCCACGUGGGACGUGGUAAAGAUGUUGGGUAUGUUAAACAAAAGAUCGCCAAGAAGAGUAAAGAGUUUGUUGAUCUAGAAGAGCAAGAAGUUGUGUGUGAUGGAAAACUACUCGAGGAUCAGAGACUUAUUGAUGACAUAUGUAAACAUAAUGAUGCUGUCUUACAUUUGUUGAUUCGGAAGUCAGCAAAAGUUCGGGCCAAACCAGUUGAGAAGAACUUUGAAUUGUCUGUUGUGGCAUCACAUUUGAAUGAUGGGAAAAGUUAUGAAGUUGAUGGAGAUAAUGUGAAGCGACAAUAUGAUGUCGGUGAGCAAGACUUUAGGAGAGGUUAUGAAGUUGAUGAAGAAGUUGUGCCAAGAAAACCUCCUGACAGGGAUUUUUUGUUCGAGCCUGUCAUUGUUAACCCCAAGAUUAAAUUACCAUCCCUGAUUUGGGAUAUGGUUAAUGAAACAUCUAACGGAUUAGAUAGUGGGAGUUAUCCAAUCAGGUCCAUGGAGGGUACAGGAGGAGCGUAUUUUAUGCUCGACUCAACAGGGCAAAAGUAUGUAUCUGUUUUUAAGCCGAUUGAUGAGGAGCCUAUGGCUCCAAACAAUCCGAGGGGGCUUCCAUUGUCACUUGAUGGGGAAGGAUUGAAAAAGGGAACAAGAGUUGGAGAAGGAGCAUUCAGGGAAGUUGCAGCUUACCUUUUGGAUCACCCAAAGGGUGGGCAUCGCAUGCUGUUUGGUAAUGCAAAGGGCUUUGCUGGGGUCCCCCCAACAUUUAUAGUCAAGUGCUUUCAUAGUGCAUUCAACCAUCCCGAGGAUGCAAUUGUCAAGAUUGGGUCCUUGCAGAAGUUCAUGGAGAACAAUGGAAGUUGCGAGGACAUGGGCCCUGCCGCUUUCCCAGUUGAGGAAGUCCAUAAAAUUUCUGUUUUGGAUAUUAGAUUGGCAAAUGCGGAUAGGCAUGCUGGAAAUAUUUUGCUGAGCAAGGAGAGUGAAGGUGGCCAGACUGUGCUGAUUCCAAUUGAUCACGGGUACUGCUUGCCCGAAAGUUUUGAAGACAUUACAUUUGACUGGCUGUACUGGCCACAAGCACGCAAGCCGUAUGCCGAUGAGGUCAUUGAUUACAUAAAAUCACUGGAUGCAGAGGAAGAUAUCGCCCUUUUGAAGUUCCAUGGAUGGGACAUGCCACCUAAAUGUGCUCGAACACUUCGCAUUUCAACUAUGCUUCUGAAGAAAGGGGUAGAGAGGCGGCUCUCUCCCUUUGCCAUAGGAAGCAUAAUGUGCAGGAAGACCUUGAACAAGGAAUCCAUCAUUGAGGAGAUAGUGCAAGAAGCGGAGGAUUCUGUGCUUCCAGAUUCAAGCGAAGAUGCUUUUCUUGAGACUAUAUCCGAAAUCAUGGAUUGUCGCCUUGAUGAGAUCGCUAGAUCACCUUCUUGAUGAUAAUGCUACUGGAUCAUGUGGUGAACGUAGGUAUAUAAGUGUAUAUGUCAUGUGAUUGACGUACAUAUGUUUGUGUGGCAGGCCGACUAGAUCUCCUCUUGCCCAUACAAACCUUGACUUCUUCAAGAAUUUCAUCUUUGUUUUUUCAUUGUAGACCAAAAUCCAUUUCGUCCUUGUUUUUUCCAUUGUAGACCAAAGUCCAUUCCGUAUUUGUUUUUCCAUUGUAGAACAAAAUCCCUUCUGUUUGACCUGUAGAGGAGGUCAUGUUUCGUGAUAAUUUCUCAUGCUUUUGUAAUUGCACCUCAAAUUUGUAUUGAUAAUAGAAAUUUCAUUUGUUAGGUUUGGGA